UUUAUUUAAGAAAAUAUUAAAAAAUUGUAAAUAAUAACAAGAAGGCACAAUGAGUUUCCUUAACAAAGAAGAACGGACUAAAUGCUGGGGUGCCCGUGACGAUUACUGGAAGUGUCUAAGUGAAAAUGCCCCACAACAUAGUUCCACCUCCGGCGAAAAGGUACCGGACGCAUGUAAAAAACUACGCAAACUAUUCGAGACCAGUUGCCCCGGCACCUGGGUGAAACAUUUCGAUCGCAAACGUACCUAUGAACAGUUUAAACAAAAAAUGGAACAGGGUGUUGAUCCACUGGAGGAACAUACCAAAGAAUCUAAGAAAUAA